CAAAAGUUUUUUGUUUAUAAGUUUAGUGCAACUGAAUAAAAUGAUGUAAGUAAACAUUUUUGUGAAAACCAAUAAAAUAAAAUAAAUUUUUAGUAUAAUUACAAAAUUAUAAUAAUUGUCAUUAAUAGGACACACGCAAACAAAACACAAAUGAAAUUGAUGACGGAGUUCAUGGAGGAGAAUCCGGAUUUGGCCAAAUCCUUUUCUGCUUCUAACAUAAAUUCGCGGGAAACCCAAAGAAUGCUAUGGGAAAGGCUCACGUUGAAAUUAAACGUAAAUGGGCCACCCACGAAAACCAAAGCAGAGUGGAAAAGGAUUUGGACAACUAGGAAAUAUAGCGCAAAAAAAAAACUUAUUGAAAAUAAAAAGUCUAUUGCGAAGACAGGUGGAGGUCCAUAUACAGAACUGCCUUUAGAUAGCAAUGAGGAAGCUAUUAUACAAGUUUGUGGAAUCGAAGCAGCCGUAGCCGGAAUCGGUGGGGUUUCAAGCUUCGGCUGUGAUGAGCAAAUUUUAGAGACAGAAAUAACUGACCUCAUUGGGGACUCAACACCAUCGGAGCAAAUUCCCGAUUCCGCUCCCGCCCCCUCCUCGAUGAGCACAAAAAAUCGACAAAAACAAACCCCUAAAGAGGAAGAGGGUAUUAUUCUUGCAAGAAGACAAGUUGAGUUGCAAGAAAAAUUUGUUUCCGUGCAGGAAGAUAUUGGCAAAUCCCUGAAGGAAGUCACAGUGGCAAUCAAAGAUAUGAAGGACUGUGUUGCACUUUUGUGCCAAGAAAAAGAAAAGGAACGGCAAUCGGCCAAUGCCUUAAAAAAAGAAGAGCUCCAACUAAAAAGGAUGGAGAUCGAAUUAGCAAAGGCGGCCACAGAUCUUCAAAUGCUAGAGCUCAGAAAAUGA